AGCUGAGGAAAACCCUUCCUGCCGAAGCCUCUACCAAUGGUUUCAGCUCAGCUGUGGGUCUGCUCACAAAGGAGCCAGGAGACGUUGUGGUGAAGAUCCUUGGCAUUUUGAGAGAUAUCACUUUUACUAAGUGAGUCACAGCGUUGCUACAAAAGGACUCUGUUUAUCAUUUUUACUUCUCCCGUACUUGAGAAACCACCAGCUCUUAAGUGAGCUGUAGCAAACGUUCUGUUUCCAACGGAUUUGCCUGUGUCAAGUUGCUCUCUUCAGCCCUCUCCCAGCACAGCAGCCUGGGAAAAAUAAAUAAAUAAAUAUCAGAAAUCGGYGACUCUUGGGGCAGCGCAGCCUUAGCCUGCACAGGACGGAGCAGCUCGGACACCACCGGGGAGAGCGGCGCCUUCCCCCCAAACUUUGUGCCCCUCUCCGCUUGGGAGCGUGUCCGCGUGUCUGUGCGGGCCGGCCGCGGCGGGAGAGCGGGCAGCCUGUGAGGAGCCUCGGCAGCAGAGCGCGCAGCGGGAUUUCCGCGGCAGCUUCUACCGACCUCAGCCACUGACAAGGCAGAAAUGACACCUCACGGCUGCUCCUAUGUAUUCCUGCUUAUCGGUGCAAAGGUCAUUGGCGAUUCUUUGGAAGAUCUGCUUUCUGGAGCUGGUGCCACGUGCCCCCUGGGCUACUUCCCAUGUGGCAACAUGACCAAGUGUUUGCCUCAGCUGCUUCACUGCAAUGGUGAGGAUGACUGCGGGAAUCAGGCUGAUGAAGACAACUGUGGAGACAACAAUGGAUGGUCUGUACAAUUUGAUAAACAUUAUGCAAAAGGCAGGUACAAUAAAAUGAAAUCUCCGCAUGCAUUUCAGACGAAGACACCUGAGUGCUUGGCUGCUCCUGUGCCAGCUGAAUGUAUGUGCCAAGGGCUGGAGAUCGUCUGUGACCGUGCCAAGUUACGUGCUGUCCCUUCCGUCUCUUCAAAUAUAACCCUGAUGUCUCUCCAGUGGAAUCUGCUUAGGAAACUUUCUGCUGAUAUUUUCAAGAGAUACCAAGACCUUCAAAAUCUGUAUCUUCAGAACAAUAAAAUCAGAGCUGUGUCCGAACGCGCUUUCAAAGGUUUAUACAAUUUGACAAAGCUAUAUCUGAGUAACAACAAGAUAACCAGCUUGAAGCCUGGAGUUUUUCAAGAUCUCCACAAGUUAGAAUGGCUGAUAAUUGAAAACAAUAGGAUCAAUCGGAUCUCUCCACUAACAUUUUAUGGGCUCAAAUCGCUUAUUCUUCUAGUGAUGAUGAAUAAUUCUCUUGCUCGUUUGCCUGAUAAACCUCUGUGCCAAUACUUGCCAAGACUAAACUGGCUAGAUCUUGAGGGCAAUCAUAUCCAUUACGUAAGAAAUGUGACUUUCAUCUCCUGCAGCACUCUAACUGUACUAGUGAUGAGAAGAAAUAAAAUCAUCUCUUUAAACGAAAACAGCUUUUCUUCUCUCCGGAUGUUAGAUGAAUUAGACCUAGCUAACAACAAGAUUGAGUCACUUCCUCCAUAUAUAUUUAAGGAUCUAAAGGAGCUUUCACAACUGAACCUUUCUUAUAAUCCAAUCAAGAAAAUACAGAUGGACCAGUUUGAUUUUCUAAUUAAACUCAAAUCACUCAGCUUAGAGGGCAUUGAAAUUGGAAACAUUCAGAGAAGAAUGUUCAGACCGCUUAAAAACCUUUCCCACAUAUAUUUCAAGAAAUUUCAGUACUGUGGAUAUGCUCCUCAUGUACGCAGCUGCAAGCCUAACACUGAUGGGAUUUCCUCCCUCGAGAACCUCUUAGCCAGCAUUAUACAGAGAGUGUUUGUCUGGGUUGUAUCUGCCAUCACUUGCUUUGGAAAUAUUUUCGUUAUCUGUAUGAGGCCUUACAUCAGAUCGGAGAAUAAGCUGCAUGCCAUCUCCAUAAUGUCCCUCUGCUGUGCUGACUGUCUGAUGGGAAUAUAUUUAUUUGUGAUUGGAGCUUUUGAUCUUAAAUAUCGUGGAGAAUACAACAAGCACGCUCAGUUAUGGAUGGACAGUAUUCAUUGUCAGUUGGUGGGAUCGCUGGCUAUUCUGUCUACAGAGGUGUCAGUUUUACUAUUGACUUACCUGACUUUGGAAAAAUACAUCUGCAUAGUUUAUCCUUUUAGGUGUUUGAAGCCCAGAAAAUGCAGGACAAUUUCCGUUUUGAUUCUUAUCUGGAUAAUUGGGUUUGCUGUUGCCUUUAUUCCACUGAGCAAUAAGGAAUUUUUCAGGAACUACUAUGGCACCAAUGGCGUCUGUUUUCCUCUUCACUCAGAACAAUCAGAAAGUUCAGGAAGUCAGAUUUAUUCUGUUGUCAUUUUUUUAGGUGUAAACUUGGCAGCUUUCAUCAUCAUUGUGUUUUCCUAUGGAAGUAUGUUYUACAGCGUUCACCAGACAGCUAUUACGGCUACUGAAAUUCGGAAUCACAUUAAAAAAGAAAUGACUCUUGCUAAACGUUUCUUCUUCAUUGUGUUUACUGAUGCACUAUGCUGGAUACCCAUUUUUAUUUUGAAACUCCUUUCUCUGCUUCAAGUAGACAUCCCAGGUACCAUAACUUCUUGGGUGGUGAUUUUUAUACUGCCAAUAAAUAGUGCUCUGAAUCCUCUUCUCUACACUCUGACUACACGACCUUUCAAAGAAAUGAUUCAUCAGGUCUGGUACAAUUACAGACAAAGAAGAUCCAAAAGAAGCAAACGCAGUCAGAAAACAUAUGGUCCAUCUUUCAUUUGGGUAGAGAUGUGGCCAGUGCAUGAAAUCAAACCAAAGCUUUCGAAGCCUGUUCUUUGUACAGACUCCUCUGAAGCAUCAGUGACUACACAGUCACACCGACUAAACUCAUGCACAUAAAUACCCUGUGAACCUUCCCAGUGACAUCUGCCCUGUUACCUUCACGGAUGCAGAUUUACUGCUUUACAGCAAUGUGGAAAAGAAAGGA